CCUGCUGAGGAGGAACAACCGCGCAGCGCUGCGUUUCCAGUCGGAUGACUUUAGAAGGAGUACCAGGUCAGAUCAUGCAGCACUACAGUGGAGCGGCUAUAUUCCACUGUUUGCUGGUUUAAAUCAUGUUAGGAUUAAUAGUGUCUGUGUAAAUCAACAUGUGUGUGUCCUCUCAGGUAGCUCUGUGCGCAGGAAUAUUGUUCCUAGCUUUAGCUAAGCUCACAAACACGGGCUGUGUCGUUUGCUAACAUUAGCCCAGGUUUGUUUCUCAUGUAAACAGACCAGUGAGCAGCACCACGCUCCUUCCUCCUCUGCUUUAAAGUACGUGUCCAUCCGCUGAUUUUAGGUUUCUGUGCGUUUAAUCUAUGGCUACUCGGGGGGUCGCUUACCAGCAGUGCAGGUGGUAAAUGACGUAGCGGAUCAUUCAGCCUUGCACGAGUCAUGAAGGGGUUUUUGAGGUCAGCACACCGCCUCUUUCUAAAGAUCGCACUGUUUCCGAGCACAGUCGGCCGGACAGGCCCGCGGCCGACCGCCUCCGAGGUGCUGACCCGCCACCUGCUGCAGCGUCGCCUCCCGCCGUGGACCUCGUACUGUGUCCGCUACAGCUCGGUCCACAACGACCAGUUCGGACUGUCCAACUUUAACUGGACAGUUCACGGAUCCAACUACCACAUACUGAGGACAGGCUGCUUCCCCUUCAUCAAGUAUCACUGCACCAAAGCACCUGCACAGAACCUGGACUUUGACGACAGAUUUUUCACCGCGCUGAAAGUGAUUAAUCUGGGUAUCCCUUGUUUGGCCUAUGGCAUUGGCUGCUGGAUGGUAGUGGGAGCUUCAGAAACAGUGCACACAAGUGUCGGACCUGUCACAGUCUAUUUCGCCUACAAAGAAGAUGAAGGCGCACAAUAUUAAACCUAUUACUAUUUUGAAUCAUGAGAUUAUUUAUUAUAUAUUUCGUUGCUGUAUUUACAGCAGUUCCUCAGGUGAUGUUCGGCUGACAGAAGAACCAUCCUGUGUCACAAGUCUUCUCUUUGUGUGAGAGCACAGGUUCAGUUGUGUUUAAUUAUUAAAGAUUUCAAGUU